CAAAGUCAUAGGAAUCUCUAUAAAAAUAAUAAUAAACUCCCUAUUAUCACAUCCCUGUCCCCACCAUCAGCACCACCAUCACCAACAAAAAAAACCUACUAUUCCUAUAAAAAAAAAACAACUAUAUAUAACUAUGUGCGGCGGCUACGACCCGGCCAGGUUUGUCAAUCUACCCGUUGAGUUGGCCACUAAUCUCCAAUGUAGUAUAUGUCAGGACAUAUAUCGGGAACCAGUGGUCAGCCAGCGAUGCGGUCAUAGUUUUUGUCGCUUGUGUAUCGAAAAGUUUAUUAUUUCGACUACCAGUGAGAAGAAUAAGAGGAACGGUAGUACUGGUAGUACCGGUAGUACCGAUAGUAGUAGUAGUGGUUGUUGUUGUUGUCCACAAUGUCGGCUACCGUUUCAACGAAAACAGCCGCAACUGUUGGAGUUUUUGACCACUUUAAUAGACAUCGACAGCCAUAACAAUAGCAACAACACUACUACCGCAUCCUCCUCCUCGGGUAACGACACCAACAAAGCUACCAAUAAUUCGGUAGUGAUUAUCGGCGACUAUCAACUGACCAGAAAUUAUGCAUUGGACUCGAUUGUCGGCGAAUUACUAAUCAAAUGCAAGUACUCGGGACUGGGCUGUCCUCAGGUACUGCCGGUACGCUCUAUGGCCGAACACUAUCGACAAUGUCUGGCCGGUUGCUGUCCGGAUUGUGGUCUCAAAUUGUAUGGCAUCGACGGCAUUACUGGUGACCACCACCAACAACAACAACCAAAACAACAACAUAACUGUAUUGACCGAUUAAAAUCGGAACUAACCGAUCAACGGGAGUAUAUUAAACGGUUAGAAAAUAAUAAUAAUAAUAAUAGACAACAAUUGGAUCCGGAAACUAUAUCACAAUUUGUAUGCCUAACCAAUAUAAUGUCUGGCUAUGUCGGUCUAGUGGCAGUGGUACUCGUGGCCCUGAUCCUAUGGGCUAUCUAUGCCCUAAUCUAUUGGCUAACUGGGUCACAUUGGCUAACAAUUGGCAUUAUCGGUACUGUUAUUUGUUUGACAAUAUUUAAAACAUUAGUAGAAGACAACAAAAAUAAGCCGAAAGUUAAUGGACAGUCAUCAGCAUCAGCAUCGGCAGCAGCAGCAGCACAGGGAUCGGUAGCUAAGCCACUAUCAGCACCGGUACUAACCGUUUGAAUCAAUAAAUUUGAUGACCAAUAAAACAAACAAUUUGA